AUGGUAACGUGCGACAGCGAGAGUACGUCCCUAGGCGGCUUCCACCUCGGCGCUCACGAUGACCACCACCCGCGAGCGCCGAGUGUCUCCUCCCUUUCGCUCUACAAGCAGAAAAUUGAUGCCCUGUUCGACGACACACGCUCUAUCACAAGCUUGCCACAAUAUGUUUCCGCUUCGGAUACAGAACGAAGAGAUAGUAAGGUCAGCAUAACUCACGAUCCCAAAACUAUAUUCGAAGAUGAAAAUAAUUAUUGUCAAAAUAAAAUCAAAAAAAUUAAUAAUACUGUUCAAGAUCGAAUAGAAAGAAUGUUUGCAGAAAUGGCAGGAGAGUCUAGACUAACAGAGAACAUAGGUGUGCACUUAUUUAGUGUAAAUUAUUUAGGUUCGACGCCCCUGCAGAGUAAAGUGACUAGUCUAUCUGGACUUCAAGAUCCACUUCGAAAUUUAUAUUUCGCUUAUAAAAGCAAAUUUCGCCAUAAGAGUAGCUUUACAAGUCAGUUAGAAAUCUCUAAAAGUGGUUUAAAAGUCAGAUAUAAAGGAGAGAAGGGAGAUUUAGAACAGUUAAAUCCUUUUCCAACUAUAGCAGUGUGGUCUGCGGUUAAGUUUAUAGUUCAGCCAUCAGAAAAAGACAAGAACGAGUCGAGCUAUGCAUUCGUUCCUCUUAUUACUGAUCCAGAUAACAUCGACCGACACGCAUUGUUCAAAAAAUUAAAUUCAUCUGAAAAAAAAUAUAUCCUCUCCCACAACGAAAAUUCACAUUCACCCCUUUUCGCUGUAGUGAUGAGGAAAAUAGGGGUUGCAAAACAGCUUGAGUGUCAUGGAUUUGUAUGUCAGAGUACCGAGGACGCUAUAGUAAUAGCGGCCACGUUAUACAAAUCGCUUAUGUCACAUAUGAGUAGACAGGGUCACAACAAUAAAAAACUGAGAAACAAAAAUGGAGUUAGCUGUAUGAGUGUGGCGAGUAGUUUACCCGCAAAUGAAAUUCCGAUACGACCUCCACGAAAAAAACGGAGUACAUCAUCUUUAAGCGACAGUGAUAGAGCCGACGGGUUUUCAGCCAGCGAGUCUUUUACUGAAAAACCAAAAUUAGAAAGAACGAAAAACAUACUAGAAAGUUCUCACAUAGCUACAUAUGAACCGAAACGCAUUACUGUGGAAGAAGUGAAAGCUAAAUUAGAUUUAAUAAAACAAAACGAUACGAGUAGUGAAUCUCAAGAGUCGAAUAUUUUAAAAAAUACGUGUAGUCAAGUUCAAGUAUCACAAAAUAUCCAAAGUAGUACUGAAUCUUCGGUUCAAAGUAAAGUAUCGGAAAAAAUUGAACUAUUUAGAGAACUAGAACGACGGAAAGGUAUGCAAAGGCCUCCAACCUUGCCUCCUCCGGUUCCUUCGAAACCAAAUCAAACUACGACAAAUAUUACGAAAGAACCUUUAAGGAGAAGUCAAAGUGGCAGAAAUUCGUUAAGUGAAUCUGGCGACAUAUUGACAAAAGUGGCCAUUCCUCGUUCUGGGAGCUUCUUAAAUGCUGGUGGAUUGACCCGAUACAAAUCUAUUGGACAAAGGAACAAUGGAAAAAAAGGCGGCGGUUCACCAUUAGGCUUCAAUGAGCUGUUUAAUGAAUUUAAAGUUCAGGAAAACCUACAUUCGAUGGAUGAAAUUUUAAACGCGAUAAUAGAUCCGGAAGGAAUGUCUUUUAAUGACUUGAAGCCGAUUUACAAGGAAUUCCUUCUGAAAUUGGCCGUAACGCUAACUAAAGAUGAAAUCUUUCAGCACAGCAAAGCUAUAAUGAAGAAGCAAAAAAAGAAAAUAUUACGAAGGAACAGUACAUUUCAGAAUAAAAGGCGGAAAAUUUUUAAAGGUGCGAGCGGACUUCGAAUGGUAUUUAGAUUAUCAUUCGGAAAAGAGUUGCAGAAAAAAGAAAAGAAACAGAAUUCCGAUGUUCAAUCGUUAAAAGCUACUAUGAAGGCAAAAGAGCAGACCGAGAGUUCUGUGUCGACAUCUAGUUAUGACUUACGGCAGUUUAGGCCUAAGGAACCUGAAUUUCCGGCUCCAAAGCGACAACCCAGACAAAGAAAUAGUAAAAAAUCGGAAAGACAUUUAAAAUCGCGUGGCGAAAGGACGUCAUCAGAAGAUUCAGAUUUUUUAACCUUACGAUGUCAGAACAGAAACAGCUCAAGCGGAUAUGUGUCUUGUUCUGAAUGUGAAUCGGAGAGUUGUAUCGACCGGUGUUACUGUUCCUUGAAACCUGACAAGAAGUGCUACUGUUCGGAAACUAGAGAUUCCAAAAGUAAAUUAUUGGGAAAGAACUGCAAGGAUUGUUUGAAAGAAAUAUACGACGGUGACUAUAGUUACUGUUCGUGCGACUCGGAAAGUUGUGCGGAUAGUAAUAAAUGUUAUUGCACCGGACCGAGGAGGACUACGAUACAAAGCUCACAGAGCUUGGAGUAUUUGAAGAGUCCUUCGAAUAAAAGUUAUUCAGAUCGCAUGAAAAAAGCCUUUGAUGACCACGAAAGCAAACCACCAAGAACUAGGUCGGGUGCGUCGAGCCGCCGCCGCCGCGCGCGCAGCUCCGACAGCCUCGCGCUCGACUACGAGCUGCUGCUGCAGAACAAGCCGCGCAACAGGAACAUGCAGCGGCUGACGGUUCGUAGUACCGGCGCGGGUUCUCAAGAUGCACUUAGUGUGAAGAAAUCAGCGGAAAUGGCGGCGUUAUUCGCAGAUGUGAGACUUUCCCAGAGGACCGACGUGCGCUCGCUGGGCGGGCGCAGGCCUAGGGCUCCACUGACGCACCCCACACCACCUCUUGCUAGAAUGUUCGACCACAGACCAAUCAGCAGAAACGCCAGCUUAGAAGAUACUUUGGGGUAUUUUCCU